AUGGAAGAAAAUUGCAAGCCAAGUAUAGAGGGUCAAAGAAGAUUGAAUCCAAACAUGAAGGAAGUAGUCAGGGUAGAGAUACUGAAAUUACUGGAUGUAGGAAUUAUCUACCAAAUUUCAGAUAGUGUAUGGAUUAGUCCAAUUCCAGUGGUGUCGAAAAAAGGGGGAAUCACAGUGGUGAAAAAUGAGAAGAAUGCAUUAAUUCCCACCAGAACAAUUACGAGAUGGAGAGGCUACAAUCAGAUACCUGUCAUACCAGAUGAUCAGGAGAAGACCCCUUUUACUUGCUUCUACGAUACUUUUGCUUAUCGUACGAUGUCUUUUGGUCUUUGCAACUCUCCAACCAUAUUUCAAAGGCGUAUGAUGAGAUACAAUGAGGCUAACUUGGUUUUAAAUUGGGAGAAAUGCCACUUUAUGGUGCAGGAAAGCAUUGUACUCGGGCAUCGGAUCUCGGCAAAAGGAAUUGAGAUGGACAAAGCAAAAAUUUAA